UAAUGUAGCUCGAUUUCCGAAGGGUUACUAUUCAUUAAAUGUACAAAUUGUUUGCGAUGCCGAUUGUAAAAUUUUGGACAUUGUUGCAAGAACCCGUGGUUCUGUUCAUGAUGCUAGGAUCUGGAAUAUGUGUCGAUUAAAAACAAAUUUAGAAGCAACAAAGCAUGUACAUAAAGGCGUACUGCUUGGUGAUGGAGGCUAUCCUGCUUCUUCAAUCAUGUUAACACCAGUUCGGGAUCCGACGACAGAAAAAGAACAAAGAUAUAAUAGAAGUCACAUAACAACAAGAACUAAAAUUGAAUGCUUAAACGGAGAAAUUAAAUCGAAAUUUCAGUCAGUGCUGGAAAGGAUUCGGGUAGACUUAGAUACGGUCAAAAAUAUAAUUUUUGCCGUUGCUGUGCUUCAUAAUAUAGCAAAGGAAAGAAAUAUGCAAUUUCUUGACGCAGUACCACGAAACGGAACACUUUCACUCGCCCAAAAUCUUUCUGUGGACAUCCCUGAAAGCGUCUCUGGGAGAGCAUUCAAAACUGCAUUUAUUAAUAAUCACUUUUGAAGCAAUUUUAUUUAUCACAUUUUUCGUUUCCCAUUUUCUGACAUGUAUUCAUAGAAAAACUUAAAACUAGAUAUUUACACUUGUGAUCAGCU